AAAAUGGAGCUAUCAAACAAACUCCGCUGGGACCAAUUCCUGAUUUUGGCAGCGGCACUUAUGUCACCUGCGUUAACGGUGCUGUGUAAUGAUAUCCUCAGCCUGAAGGUGGCAGGAGAUCCAGUGCUUACCCCCAACUCUGUCUGCCUGAGGCUGGCAGGCCUCAGUAAGCGCCAAAUGCGGAUGUGUGUGCGCAACCCUGAUGUGACAGCGUCUGCUCUGCAGGGCAUCCAGGUGGCCAUCCAUGAGUGCCAGCACCAGCUCCGGGACCAGCGCUGGAACUGCUCCUCGCUGGAGGGCCUCGACAAGCUGCCCCACCACAGCACCAUCCUCAAGAGGGGUUUUCGCGAGAGUGCCUUCUCCCUGGCUUUGUUGGCAGCGGGUGUGGCUCACUCUGUGGCCUCGGCCUGCAGCAUGGGCAAGCUGCGGGGGUGCGGCUGCGAGGGCAAGCGACGCCAGGACGACGACAAGAUCCGGCUGAAGCUGACACAGCUGCAGCUGCAGACCCUGCAGAAGGGCGGGGUGGGCGUGGACCUCGCGCGCCCGUUGCCCCUGGAGCUGAACGGCCAUCACGGUAACCUGCCCGCCAACCUGCGCUCCGCCCACCCCUCCGGCCUGCUCAAGCCUCUGCCGGAUGAGCUGAGCUCCAUGCAGGACACCUGGGAAUGGGGCGGGUGCAGCCAUGACGUCCGCUUUGGGGACCGUUUCUCCAGGGACUGGCUGGACUCCCGCGGGUCUCCCAGAGAUAUCCACGCUCGCAUGAGGAUGCACAACAACCGGGUGGGACGGCAGAUCGUGACUGACAACAUGACGAGGAAGUGCAAGUGCCACGGCACCUCAGGGAGCUGUCAGUUCAAAACCUGCUGGCACGUGUCUCCAGAGUUCCGGCUUGUUGGCUCCUUGCUGAAAGAGAAGUUCCUCUCGGCCAUCUUUGUCAACUCUCAGAACAAGAACAACGGCGUCUUCAACCCUCGGAUGGAGAACAGCGCCAGCGGAAACUCCGGAGGGCUCGGCGGAGGGCGGCGCCGGAGCAUGUCCAGAGAGCUGGUGUACUUUGAGAAGUCUCCCGACUUCUGCGAGCACGACCCUUCCACGGACUCCCCGGGCACGCAGGGACGCAUCUGCAACAAGACCAGCCACGGCACGGACGGCUGCGGCUCGCUGUGCUGCGGCCGCGGCCACAACAUCCUCAAACAGACACGCAGCGAGCGCUGCAACUGUCGGUUUCACUGGUGCUGCUACGUGCUGUGCGAGGAGUGCCGUCUCACGGAGUGGGUCAACGUGUGCAAGUAGAUCCCGGUGAACUGCUCUAACCCAUCCGGGACUCAAGAUGGCGAGCCUUUUCCUUUCACCCCGCUCCUGUCGUCCCAGCUUUUGUUUUUGCUUCUUGUGCAACUGUUCCACAAAAUCUGUUUAUCCGCCCCUUUCCUUUUCUCAGUCGAUCAUCUGGGAUCUAUUUUCUCUGUGUAGCCGCUGUUAUUCUCGAAAUGCCAAGUCAGAGAUUGACGAGGUGACUCAUGUCAUUUGUCUUGCCACGGUCUGUUUAGACGCUGCCCUCCCAGCCAUGAAAACGACCUGUACCCCGUCUUUUCCAUUUCACAGAAAGAGAGACAUUUCUCUUCCCGUGUCUCCACGGUGACUCACCUUCCUGUACAGUAGCUGUGUAUUUCAAUGUGCACAUGUAUAUUUGUAAAUGUGUUAUUAAUAAUAUUAUAUUUCUAUUAGAGCCUGUUGUUUUGAUUGAACCAGCACUGUUAGACGGCCAGGUCUCGUUGCAGUAGGACGAACAUGUUAUCCACUCAUCCUGUUUGUAUAUUUUGCACCUGUAUCGCACAAACUGGAGAAUAUUUAGCAGUCAAGGUCGAACUCUUUCGAUUUAAAGCUUCUACUAAUUUAA